AUGCCUGGAGGUAAGGACUCCAAAGCGCUGGCGACGGCCAUGCGUCUGACCUUAAAUCUUCCAACUACACGCUUUCCAAUGCGAGCUAAUGCAGCUGUUCGUGAGCCACAGCUGCAUGCACGUUGUGUGACUGCAGCCUACAGAGAACAAGCGGCAGAUUCGACCCGACCGCUAUUUGUUUUGCACGACGGUCCUCCGUUUGCCAAUGGCAGUCUACACAUGGGUCAUUUCUUAAAUAAAACAUUAAAGGAUAUUAUUAAUCGGUAUCAAGUACUACGUGGUCGACGUGUGGUGUAUGUACCUGGUUGGGACUGCCACGGCUUGCCAAUUGAGCACAAAGCAUUGACACUUUUGCAGCUUGAGGCCAAUGAUCUUACACCUGUACAAAUACGUGCAUUGUCCCGUCAACUUGCUCGUCAAGCUGUGCAGGAGCAGCAAAAGGACUUUGAACGCUGGGGUGUGCUUGCUGAUUGGUCUGGUGAUCCAGACAGCAUAUACUUGACCAUGAAUCCUAGCUACGAGGCCAAGCAGUAUGAUGUGCUGAAGAAAAUGGUGGUCGAUAAACUCAUUUUUCGUGGCUUUAAGCCUGUUUACUGGUCUCCAAGCUCUCGAACGGCAUUGGCGGAAGCUGAGCUUGAAUACCAGGACGAUCAUGUAUCUAAAGCGGCUUACAUUCAGUUUCCCUUUGCAUCAAUUGGAAAAAAUACAGACGAAGAGACGGCAAAAGUGCUGAGCAAGUAUCAAGACACACUCUCGGCUGUGGUGUGGACAACAACACCCUGGACCAUUCCGUCUAAUCAGGCACUGUGUGUCAAUGCGGAUCUAAAGUACGUGAUUGUACGACCUUGCCACGUAAACUCGGAUGCAUGUUAUUUGAUAGCAAGCGAACUGCUACAAAGUUUUGCCCUGAUGAUAAAAAGUGACGUGCAUGAACAAGUGGAACUUAAUGUGCUUGAGACUUUGAAUGGAGCUGAUCUUGCAGGCGUACUAUUUACACAUCCGCUGACAUACCGUCAAGCGGUUGUGCUUUUGGGUGAACACGUGACAACGGAUGCUGGUACUGGCAUUGUACAUACAGCUCCGGGACACGGUCAAGAUGAUUAUCGCGUCUGGAUGGCGCAUCACUCGAAAGAUGGUGAGCAUCCAAACAUACUUUGUCCUGUGGAUGCUGCUGGUUGCUUUACAGCUGAAGCUGGACAGGAUCUUGAGGGUCUGUGCGUCCUUGAUGAGGGUAACAAUGCCGUUAUUGAGCUUUUGAAAAAAACUGGCAACCUGCUUGCAAUAAAUAACCACCACCAUCGAUAUCCAUACGAUUGGCGCACAAAGAAACCAGUGAUUUUGCGUGCAACAGCUCAGUGGUUCGCUCGUCUUGAUGCGCUUCAUGCGCGUGGAACACAUGUAUUAAUAGAUUCUGUAAAGAUGGUGCCGUCCAGUGCGCGUCGCCGUCUAGAAGCAACACUGUCGAGUCGCAACGAAUGGUGUAUUUCUCGUCAGCGAGCGUGGGGUCUGCCGAUUCCAGUAUUUUAUGAUAAAGUCACGGGCGAACCGAUGAUUACUACAGAGAGCAUUGAACAUUUACAAAGUAUUGUGAAGACCUACCGUGUUAAAGAUGUUAGUGGCGUCGUCGAACGGGAAGGAGCGGACUGCUGGUGGGAUUUAUCGGUACACGAAUUGCUACCUCCUUCAUUGCAACAUCAAGCGGACAGGUAUGAGAAGGGCACAGAUACGCUGGAUGUGUGGUUUGAUAGUGGUACUAGCUGGCACGCUGUACUGACAAACAUUCUCAGACCAGAGAAACACGAGCAAAUUCGCGCUGAUGUGUAUCUUGAAGGCUCGGACCAACACCGCGGGUGGUUCCAGUCGUCGCUACUUACAUCGCUUGCUAUGCAAGACACGGCACCUUACAAGACUGUCAUUACUCACGGUUUUACACUGGAUGAAAGAGGCAGUAAAAUGUCAAAAUCUCUUGGUAAUACAAUUGUCCCGAACGACUUCAUCAAUGGUUGCGAGAUGUCGGUACCUGUAGCUGACAAGGGCAAAAGGAACAAGUCAAAAAAAAUCCAAAACAAAUCGGAACAGAUUGUGAACGUCAAACAGAUAAAGGUGCCGGCAUAUGGCGCUGAUGUCCUUCGUUUUUGGGUUGCAACGACCGAUUAUACAAGUGACGUUAGCAUUGGUCCAGGUGUUGUAAGCAAGGCCAGUGAUGCUUUACGCAAAGUGCGCAACACGGCGCGUUUCUUACUCGGGAAUCUGUAUGACUUUGAUCCGUCGCAGCACGCUAUUUCCUAUGACAAAAUGGACUUAUCUCUAGAUCGCUAUAUGCUUCACGAGCUCAAUUCAUUAGCAGCAUCGGUGACGGUAGCGUACGACUCCUAUGCUUUUAACCGAGCUCAACACGCUCUUUCACACUUUAUAUCCACCGAUCUCUCGGCAUUUUACAUGGAAGCCACAAAGGACCGAUUAUACUGCGAUGCAGCCGACGCAAAAACUCGCCGUUCCGCCCAGACAAUACUCUGGCUGUCACUGCAAGCGUUGACUCGAGCGCUAGCUCCUGUUGCACCGCAUACGGCGGAAGACAUUCGACUUUAUUGGCAGUCACAGCUCCACGGCGACAUUCCGCUCGAAAACGUAUGUGGUAGUAUCUUUCUUGAGCAUGGAUGGAUGCCCAGCGCUACCGAGUGGAAGAACGACGGCUUGGCUCGUGACUGGACUGCGAUUCGUCAGCUUCGCUUUGAGGUGAAUCGAGUGGUGGAGCAAAUGCGUCAAUCAGGUCGCGUCGGUAGUCAGCUCGAGUGUAACGUUUACGUGGUGGAUCCACAGUCCGAUUCCCGGGUUACUGAGCUCCUAUCGUCAUUAAUAAGGAGCUCGUCGGAGCUCGCAGAUGUAUUUUUGUGCUCUGGUGUGGACAUAGUGACUUCUGAGGUGGCAAUUGAAAACACAGAGCAAUUUAAGGCGAAGUGUCGAUUGGAUAUGGGCCCAACUGACCCUCCCAUGGAUGUCGAAUUUGUAGUAACUCCCGCUAGAGGUCACAAGUGUCCACGAUGCUGGAAAUACGCGCUGGAAGUGGAUGUUGGUGAGACGCAAUUGUGCUUUCGUUGUGCUCAGGCCACUGAUCGACGUAGCGUCACGGAGCUGAUGAAAGAGUUGAUCGAGUAG